UGCCCUUCGCGCUGGGGCCCUGUCGCUGCGGGCCCAGAGCUGACCCCCAGCCCUGCAUCCCCGAUGGCCGGCGACCCCUGGCGGAGGGAAGAAGGGAAGGUCCCCGACGACGGACGACACACGGCGGGGGCCGGGGGUCCCCUGCGGCUCCGUGACUGGCUGGUGUUGCAGGUCGAGAGCGGGAGCUACCCUGGGUUGUGCUGGGAGGACGAGGGCAAGACCCUCUUCCGCAUCCCCUGGAAGCACGCGGCCAAGCAGGGGUACCAGGCGCAGCAGGAUGCGGCGCUCUUCAGGGCCUGGGCCAUACACAAGGGCAAGCAUCUGGAGGGCACUGACAAGGAGGACCCCUCUACCUGGAAGACACGGCUUCGCUGUGCUCUCAACAAGAGUGUGGACUUCCGUGAGGUGCGUGAGCGCAGCCAGCUGGACAUCUCCAACCCCUACAGGGUCUACCAGAUUGUCUCGGACAGUGCCCAUGGCCCAGUUUCCAGGACUCGUGCUUCCUCUGAAGAGGAGGGCGUUCUCCAGAGCCAGCAGGAGCCCCUUAGAGAAGUGAUGGAGUCCACCUGCAGGACAGACCAGGCUGGCUCCGGAUUAGCCACCGAGGCUGAGGACAGGGAGCAGCCCCCCAGGCUGGCCCAGCAGGGCUCAUUGGCACCGGCUGCCUUGCUCCUGGGCCCUCUGGCUGACCACAGGUACCAGGCUCAGGACCCCUCACAUUUCUGGAGCCCUUUGUCCUCUGAGGACUUCAGCAACCCCGAUUGCUGGCUGCACGUGCGGCUGUUCUAUGGGGCGGAGCUGGUGCGGGAAGCCACCGCGCGCACGGCCGAGGGCUGCCGUCUGGGCCCGCGCGCCGCCGUGGACUCCGCGGCCGAGCGCCUCCUGGGGCCGCCCCGCGUGGCCCAGGUUCGCUUCCCGGAGCCGCCGCCCGGAGCCCGCGUGCUGCGGCGCCUGCUGCCGCACCUGCAGCGCGGGGUGCUGCUGUGGGUGGCGCCCGAGGGCGUGUUCGCCAAGCGCCUGUGCCAGGGCCGCGUGUACUGGCGCGGCCCGCUCGCCCCGCACCGCGCGCAGCCCAACAAGCUGGAGCGGGAGCGCACCUGCCAGCUGCUGGACACGCGCCGCUUCCUCGCUGAACUGCGGGCCCACCUGCAGGACGGUCGCCCAGAGCCCGAGUACCAGAUCCGUCUGUGCUUUGGCGAGGAGUACCCGGGCCCCCCGGACCAGCCCCAGGAGCGGCUCAUCAUGGCCCACGUGGAGCCAGUCUUUGCCCGAGAGCUCCUCCUGCACACGAAGCACCGCAACCACAGUGCCCCGGUGGCGAGGCCCCCCUCCCCACACCCCUGAUGGCAUCGCUCACUUGAUGACGCAGCUGGUCAGCCCUGAGCAGCCACUUCUUCCUCACACCUUCUAACGUCAGCCCCACGGGAGGCAGAGCCCACCCCAGCUCUGCCCAAACGGAGCCAGUGGACCUGGGCCUCCCCCCGCCCCCCACCGAGCAUGGGCUUCAGCCUCUGAGCUGCGGAGGUGCAGCCCUGGAGCGCAGUGUGCAGUGGAUGGCCUCACAGCUGGGCCCGGGGUGUCAGGCGGAACCGAACUGGACCUUGAGAUUCCAGAAACAGCAAUUAGAGCAGAAGACAUAAGACUUCGUUUCUUUGUUGUGAGCCCAACAUGCCUAUAACAGUUCAUCUAAAGCAGACCUUACCUGCGAUGGAUCCAUGAUAAGCUUUGCUUAAAACUGCAUUUACCUCUAAGGGGCUCUGAGUUUCCAGACUCUUCCUCCUACCUGGGUUUGGGGUGAGGGGAGGGGGGUCCCCAAAACAGAGGACUUGGCCUGACCCUGGGACUUUGGAUGCUAACCACUAAACCGCCAGCACUUUCUUGGGAGACACUUUCUUUGGGGAAACUGAGUCAGGCCCCCAAGCAGAGCCCCGAGGCAGAAGCCAAAGUGGGAACUAGGAGGAGUCCAGCCCCUCCCCGAGACCCUGCAAGCUCUACAAACUGUAAGUUGUAGGAAAUUCCUGAGAUUGGGAGGGAGCCCCUCAACCAUGAGGGCAGCUGACCCUGCUUUGUCAGUAAGUCACUGUUUUCUGCCCCUUUUCUGAUUUCCGACUUGUUAGGGCUGCUUUUACAGAUGGCGUCAUAAUAAAUCUCUUUCAGUGAUA